UGUAAAACCCUCCACCCUGAAGAAGGAAGCAUUUCACGAUCCAAACAAUGGCGGCGGCUGCGAAAGAUAUCGCGACACGGCGAGCUGUAGCGGCGACGAUCAAGCUGACCGUCCCAGCCGGAGGAGCACGACCGGCACCACCCGUAGGUCCGGCGCUAGGUCAGUACAGGCUGAACCUGAUGGCGUUCUGCAAGGACUUCAACGCGAGGACGCAGAAGUACAAACCGGACACUCCGAUGGCCGUGAAGAUAACGGCGUACAAGGACAACUCGUUCGAGUUCACCGUCAAGUCUCCGUCGGUGUCGUGGUACAUCAAGAAAGCGGCGGGGGUUGAUAAAGGGAGCACGCGUCCGGGGCAUUUGACGGUGACGACGCUGUCGGUGAGGCACGUGUACGAGAUCGCGAAGGUGAAGCAGACGGAUCCGUUCUGUCAGUAUAUGCCGUUGGAGUCGAUCUGCAAAUCGAUUAUUGGUACUGCUAACUCCAUGGGGAUCAAGAUUGUUCAGGAUUUGGAGUGAUUAAAAAGUUUCAUUUCGAGAUGGUCCUUUUGUCUUUGUCUAAUAAACAUGAAUGUCAGAUUACUCUGUUUUCACUCUGUUCUCUUGCUUUGUUUUCAAUGGAUGGUCGAACUCCAAAAGCAUUGCAAUAGUUAUUAGAGAUUCAGUUUGUUCUUGAAUGUUGUCACUUUGAUCCUUUUUUUUUGAAAGGAACUAAAAUGUUUUGUU